CUCGCCCUCCUCUCCCCCCUCACCCCCGCCGCCACCCUCCCGACCACCUUCCUCCAAGCCCGGGACCUCUCCAUCCCCGGUCCCCCCGCCGACCCCCCUCAACCGCCCGAGGGCGACGGCGCGGGGCCCUACGACUCCAUCGACGCCGGCUGGCUCGACUACCUCAAGAAGGCGCAAUUCUACGCCAUCGCGACGGCGGCGGGGGAGAUCGGCAUGGUCAACGCCGAGCGCAACAUGCGGCACUACCUGGGCAACACGGGCGACGACCUGCACGUGCACCCGGGCCCCAUGAUGCAGGACCUGCCCCAGUUCCGCGAGUCCGCGCAGGCGCUGGCGCAGAACGAGGCGACCAAGGCGUACGAGGCCAUUGCCGAGGAGAGCGGCGGCGAGAGGGCGUUUAGCAGUGCGUGGGAGACGUACUAUGCGACGCAGGAGCAGAGCAACGAUUGGUAUUUUGCGAUUGGCGGGUUUUCGUUCAGUGUCACGGGCGUGGUGACCAAGAAGCCCGGCGGUGGGUCGUUGAAGUAUCAGGUCCAUAUCUUUGAUCGGUACAACUGGGAUGAGGGCAAGUUUGUGCAUAUUGGGCCGAUCCGCAUCGAUGAUAGCGAGUUGGCCGAGUUGCAUCUCAAGGGGUUGGCGAGGGAGUAUGUGGUGCGUGGGUCCAGCGAGGUGAAUGAUAUUGGCGACUUUAAGCCG